AUUAAUUGUUUAAACCACUUUUCAGAACUCUGUAGGCUAGUAUUAGUGUAAUUUACAUACAACUGUCAUGCCGAUCCACGUCGACAGAUGGCAGUAUUGUACAAAGAGCAGAGCUAACGCACCAGUCGCCAGAGAACUACUAAAUGCGCAUAUAAAUAUUCGUGUUUUGAAAGAAACGAACUGAGUUAAUAAGCGAUUAAAUAAAAAGAUUAGUUUAAAAAUAAUAAUAAUAAUAAUAAUAAUAAUAAUAAUAAUAAUAAUAAUAAUAAUAAUAAUAAUAAUAAUAAAAUAGGCUUGCCAUAGGGAACUGGGGUUUAAGAAUGUCGGGUCGGAUUUGGUAGGAAAUCGCUCGUUUACGUCACGUCCGUAAAUACAGCAAAGAAAGUUGCGCGCGGGCUCUGGAAGGGGAGUGUCUUGUAGCUCGUUGCUAUAAUAAAAUGAUUGUGACUUUGAAAAUAGUCAGCUAGAUUGAUAAUGCAUCGUUCGACCUCUAAAGAAAUACCCGUGGUCAAAGAAAAGGCGCCUCGAGACCAAGUGAGAAAAAGAGAAUGCGACAGAAUCCGCAACAAAACUAGAAUCAAUAUCGGCAGGGCUUUUGAACCAUGGCGACAGUUGCGAGAGCUGAAGGGGUUUAAAUCCGACCCAGAGCUGGCUUUUUUCUUGCUGGAUAGGGUGUGUGGUGAACACAAAUCCAGCAGCACCUCUCCGAAAAAGAGAGGACGACCGCGGAAAACAGCUGCACUGCAAACUGAGGAUUUAUCUCAGCCCAGUCCAGACCCCCACUCAACAGAUCAAUGUAAUGCCAGUGAAGACCCCCACUCAACAGACCACUCUCAGCCCAGUCCGGACCGCCAGUCAGACUCCGAAUCUCAGCCUAGUCCGGAUCCCCCGCCCACAAACGUUGAGGUCCUUGGCAUCUGCUAUGACCUUCCUUCCCUAUGGCCGUAUAAACCGGAUAAACAAGCACAGCCUGAAAGACGAGAGGAUGGGUCUGAUCUAGAUGUCGUGAUUGGUUCCAUUGCACCAUCAUAUAGCUUUGUUCCUCAUAGUUCGUCUUCAAGCACAACAGAGGAAGACAAUGCAAUGCACUGGGAGGAAAUAAAGGAUGAACUGGCACAGACUGCACAGCGACUGGAAGAGCGUUUAGAUGCCAUGAGGUCCUUUACUGAUGUAAAAUUAGAACCCAUUUCAAUGACAAUAGGAAAAGAAGAUCAGAAGAAAUGGGUGGUCAACAAAUCCAGCUUGACGGGACUGUUUAGGACAUGCCAUCAGUGUGGAGAGCCGGUUCUGGAAUUUAAAACUUUAACAUCAGGGAGCCUCAUCCGCAUUCAGUGGGAAUGCUCAAAGGGACAUCUCAUGUGGCUCUUCCCAAACUACAACCCAACGUAACAGACACUGAAACCAGACGUGGAUAAAUGGACCGCAAAGUAUGUAUCUAGGUUUAAUUAAUUGUGAAUAAGAAAUAAAAGUUUUUACUUUGGAUUAAA